AUGCUGAAAGUGGCUAGAAAUAUAUUCAUCCAUAUGAUGGAUUUAACGGAUCUCCUCUUGAAAAUUAUGCAGGAAGCUCAAAAUUUAACGAAAGCUGAAAGAUGUUCAGUAUUCCUACUUGAUUCAGAAACUGAUGUGCUAGUGGCAAAAGUUUUGGAUGGAUUACCGACUGCGCCGAAUAAAAAUACAACGUUUACCACAGCAGAGGGAAAAGUGGUUACGUUACCAGAGGAAAUUCGAUUAAGUUUAAAUCAAGGCAUUGCCGGAUACGUGGCUACAACUGGUGAACUACUCAAUAUUAAAGAUGCUUAUGCACAUCCUUUGUUUUAUCGGGGAGUGGAUGAAGAGACCGGAUUUCGUACACGAAACAUUCUAUGCUUUCCGAUAAAAAAUGAAAAAGAUGGUAUUGUUGGAGUUGCACAGUUAUGCAAUAAAAUCAAUCAUCCAUUUUUCACUAAAGCUGAUGAAGAUGUGGCGAAAACAUUUUCAAUAUACUGCUGUAUUAGUAUUGUACAUUCACUAAUGUACAAACAUGUACAAGAUGCUCAACAUCGUACCAAACUGGCAAAUGAAUUAAUGAUGUACCAUAUGAAGGUAGAGGAAGGCAAACGGGAUUGGUUAUCUACAUGUGAAAUUAAAGAUAUAAAUGCAUUUCUACCUAACACAAGUGCUUUCGACUCGCUACCUCGAAAUAUACAACCAGAAGAUGAAACAUUACUUUGUACAUUAAGCAUGUUUCAUGAUCUGGAUUUAAUUAGUCGUUGGCGAAUUUCACGACGUAAACUAGCUCAGUUCAUCUUGAUGGUUCAUCGUGGCUAUCGAGAUCCAGCAUAUCAUAAUUGGAUGCAUGCAUUUUCUGUUGCACAUUUUGUUUACGUUUGUAUUAAAAAUUUACCCUUAGCAAAUGAUCAACUAGAGCAUAUUGAAAUUUUAGCAUUAUUUGUUGCAUCAUUAUGUCAUGAUAUUGAUCAUCGUGGAACAAAUAACAGUUUUCAGGUUCAGUCAAAAUCUGUCCUAGCAGCUUUGUACAGUUCAGAAGGAUCAGUUCUUGAACGACAUCAUUUUUCUCAAACUAUUUGUGUACUUAACACAGAAGGAUGCAAUAUUUUUGAAAAUGUUUCAAAAGAAGAAUACAGUCAACUCUUAGAUCUUAUUCGUGAUAUCAUACUUGCAACUGACUUAUCUCAUCAUCUGCGUAUAAUGCCCAAAUUAGAAGAGUUAUCUCAUCGAGGAUAUAAUGGGUCAAAAGAAGAUCACUACCUACUUUUAUGUCUUUUAAUGACAUCAGCUGAUCUAAGUGAUCAAACUAAAUCAUGGAGUAAUACAGUGUAUGUGGCAAAGUUAAUAUACGAGGAAUUUUUCCAUCAAGGCGAUAUGGAGAAAUCAUUGGGUCAUAAUCCAGUCGACAGUAUGGAUAGAGAAAGAGCAUGUGUACCAAAUUUACAAAUAGCUUUCUUAGACUACAUAAUUACUCCAUUGUACAAGGUAUUGAAAAAUCUAUAUCCACAGUGCUCAGGUAUCCUGAAUACUAUAGAAAAUAACCGUAGUAAGUGGAAGAUAAUUCUUGACCUUGUUGAAAAAGGUGAAUUAAAAGGCAAUGGUUUAGAAAUUUUCAAGCAUAAUCUUGUAGAUAUAACGUCGAAAUCAUCACAAAAAAGCUGA